AUGGUGUCCUACGACCAACUCAAUGUGGUCUCCCUAGCCAGUGCCGAAGCUCUCAAUCGGAGAAGGGCCCUGAUUGAGAUAGCCCACCAGGGGCGACCUGAGGGUCCCAGCUAUGAGGGCGCCGAAGAGAUCUUGGGUGUCCGGGAAUCCGCUGAUGGCAGUGUGGUGGAUCCCGCCAUCACCAGCCGCGGCAAAAAGCGGCUCGCGGCUGAAGAGAAGCGCUUCACCAAGCGGAUCACCACAGAGGGCGAUGACGAUGUGAAGAAGAACAAAGGAAAGAAGGGAGGAAACCUUUUGAGAGCACCAGUUUUGAUUUGCCUUGGGAGCGGUUUGGGGACCUACUUCCCUUACCGCUUCCUGCUGAUCCUCUUUUUCCAUGGUGAUGUGAAGUCCAGGGCUCAUGUUGAUCGACCACCGCCCGACUCACACCAGAGCCCUCAGGCAGCGCUUCGGCAGCUGCUGAAGAUUGGGGCUGCUUAUGAGAGCCCAGGGCAACUCGCCAGCUACGUGCGGGAGAAGGUGUCCCUUCCUAGUGGGCAGGAGGCUGCGGUUGAGCUGCUUUCAAUCCUGCCUGAUCGUGACAGGAAGAUUUUGGAGAACUUUGAGGAGGAGAUGUUGCUAGGCCCCGAGGAGCGGGCCGCUGUGCUUGAGACAGGGGUGGAAGGUCUUAGUCAUAUGGAUCCGCUCCUCGCGAACGAUGCCAAGAGGUAUCACCAGUUUGUCUCUGAGCUCUACAAGAGUGGCCUGAUUGGAUUCACGUCGAUUCUAAAGGCUCACUGCUUCCUGGCAAACCAGACCCUGUUGAGGACCCCGCCUAGGAUCAGGCCCACCUGUGCCCGGGACUGGCGUUUGCACAGAGCCUUGGAGGUUUUGGGUGACGUUGAGCUCGAGCGGGACUUCACGGAGAUCCCAAAAGGUUGGCUAGGCGGAGGUGCCCUGAGGAAAAGCAGAGAAUGCAAGACGGUGAUCAAGGUGUUCACCAAGGAGGAAGCCAGAAAGAGAAAUGGCUUCGUUGGCAACAAGGCGCCAUUGACCGAGGUGGCCAACACUUCCCAGCAGAGGAGGAGAGAGCGAAGCUGGUACGAGCUGCCCCUCUACACAGAGGCAGAUUUAGACCAAGCACUUUGCGAGUUUGUGGAUCAGCUGCUCCUGGAUGGAGAGGAUGUCAGCUUCGGGCAGAAGCUCCAGGCAGCGGUAGAGUUCGAGAGGCCGGAAUUUUCCAGAGACGGUCGGCUCUCUCUCGCAGGCCAUGAAAGAGUGGAGACGUUUGGCUCCACAGCAGACACGACUGCCCAUGUUGGAAUUCUUGAAGUCAGCCAUCAGCGCAGUCUUCUUGCAUCUUGGUUACAAGGGGAGGCACUCUACAACGAGGCGACUUUUUCGACCUAUGCUCGCCCGGGGGAAAUGUUGAGAGUUUACGCAGAGGACGUGGUUGCCCCGAACCGGGACUUCAACUUCCCAGUGAUUGUGCUGGGGCCUCUGGAGCGUGGAGUGGCGUCCAAAGUCGGGAUCUACGACGAGGCACUGAUACUGGACGAUGUCCGAGCGCCUUGGUUGGGGAAACUCCUCAUAGAACAGUCCAAGCAACAAGUCAAGGCUCUGGGAGAGGAUACUCCAUUAUGGAAUUUCAAAGCUGCCGACUACCUCAAGAAGUGGAAAGAUGCAGUAGAAAAAUUGGGCAGUCGGGAUCACCUGUUGAAGUUGCGAAUGAUCCCAGCAAUACAGCGUCGGGGACGAUGGGCCUGCGACGCCUCAGCAAGGAUCUACGACAAGCCGGGCAGACUUCAGCAAGCGAUCAACCAGUACAGCAGCGCGUGGCAGAGGCUCGCAGACGAGCUACAGAAGAACUUCGGCAUGUACUACCGCAAUGGCACUUCCCAGCUUCCUCGGAAUCUGGUGAGGCAACUGAAGGUAGCAUGCGAGCCGAAGUUUUCUUGA